AUGGGUUUUGUUGUUGGGUUAAUCGUAGGAUUUACAAUAAAUGAAUUUCUACGUACGAAUCAACGAAAUUUAUCAAAGAAAGAUUCUAAAACUGACGAACGCGAAAAUCACCAUAACGUUCAACUGCGAACUGACAUUAUUGAUAUAUCAACAUCACCAACCGAACGAAUUCAUCAAUUACAAGAAGAAUUCGAUUUAUUAACAAUGAAUCCUUUAAUUAAAUUAGAAAAGUAUAAAGAAAUAUUACAAGUAAAUGAAAAUUUAUUAAAUGAAAAAAUUCAUGAAUAUAAAAAAUUAAAAUAUGAAAUUUUAAACAAGGAGGAAGAAAUUAAGUCGGAAAUUGAUUAUUUAGACGAUUUUACUGAAAAUUUAAAAUUAUUUAUUCAACAGGAAGAAGCCAUAUUGGUUAAUGGUAGUAACGAGGAUACUCUGACAUUGAUGAAUAUUUUGUUGAUUAAUUAA